CUGGCGGGAGGCAUGGGUGAGUCCGCUGGGGGUUUUGUGACUUCCACGCCGUGGUUUCCCGCUCCGGAGAUGACCCCUACGUUGAGACCUCGAAAUGACACGGCGCCACUGACGGGCAAUUGUAUGUUCUGGUCCUUGAAGCCACCGCCGCCGCCUUCGUCGUCGCCUUCGGCUGCCGGCUCAGCUUCCAAGGCGCUGCCCUCCUCGGAGGCCCGUCUUCUCCCAGAGGCGCCGCCACCCUUCGAUACCCAGCUUCUUGCCGGGGCACAGCCCCCCUUUGACGCCAAGUCCCCCUUGGACACUCAGCCUCAACUCAGUGGCCAGCCACCCUGGAAUUUCCAGGCUUCGACCUCAUGGUACUGGGGACCCUCUCCUGGUAUUUACCCGCAGCAUCCGAAGUCGCACAGUCCUCGGGUUAAUCAUUCUAAUUUUCAAAAAAAUUAUGCAGCACAGUCAACUGACUACAACUUCCCAGCAAAUAGAAAACAGAAAAAAAAGAGAAGGAAGGAACCAGUUUUUCACUAUUUUUGUGAUACCUGUGAUCGUGGUUUUAAAAAUCAAGAAAAGUAUGAUCAGCACAUGUCUGAACACACAAAAUGCCCUGAAGUUGAUUGCUCUUUUAGUGCUCACGAGAAGAUUGUCCAGUUUCAUUGGAAAAAUAUGCACGCUCCUGGGAUGAAGAAGAUCAAGUUAGACACUCCCGAGGAGAUUGCAAGGUGGAGGGAAGAAAGAAGAAAAAACUACCCAACUCUGGCCAAUAUUGAAAGGAAGAAAAAAUUAAAGCUGGAAAAGGAAAAGCGAGGAGCAGUAUUGACCACAACCCAGUACGGCAAGAUGAAAGGGAUGUCCAGGCAUUCACAGAUGGCAAAGAUCAGAAGCCCCGGCAAACACCAGAAAUGGAAAAAUCACCAGGCUGGGCAGCGAGCAGCCAAUAGAUUGGAUGAUCGUGGCAGCGAUUUAAAGCCCUUAGGUCCACCUGAAGCGAACUCGGACCCUCUCGGUGUUUUGGUCAACACUGACUCUGAGUCUGACAAAGAGGAGAAACCCCAAAGUACUGUCAUACCCAAGGAGGUGACACCAGCCCUGUGCUCUCUUAUGAGCAGCUAUGGCGACCUGUCCGGGUCAGAGAGUGAGCCAGAAGAAGUUCCUAUCAAGACUGAAGCUGAUGUUCUCGUGGAAGACCAGAUUCUUCAUAGCAGUGCUCCUCAGAAUCCAGAUCAAGAGGUUCAGCAGGCCAGGACUGCUAAGAAUGUCUCAGGAACAAAGAAUGAGAGCCCAAAGAAAAGUUUUAAAAAGACAAACCCUAAGAGGAAAAGAAAUUGUCCCAACUAUAAAACAUUAUUCGAACCGAGGACACACCACCCAUACCUCCUGGAAAUGCUUUUAGCUCCGGACAUCCGACAUGAAAGAAAUGUGAUUUUGCAGUGUGUUCGGUACAUCAUCAAAAAAGACUUUUUUGGACUUAAUACUAAUUCUGUAAAGACUAAGGAUGUAGUAGUGCCUGAUGUUUCAGCACAUGAAACUGAAGCAGUGUAAUAUAGUUAUGUCCUCAAGUUGGCAGAGGAAAAGCUUUAAAAAAAAAUGGAUUAGGAAUUAAAUCGUAAACCUCAGAAGAUACGAUGUUGAAUUUUAAAGUCCAUCCUAUGCAAAUAAAUAUGACUAGUUUUUAAGACUAUGUUAUCUGGAUCAUAGGAUAUUUGCUGGCAGAAUUUUUUUUAUUUGUAUUUAUUUAUAUGUACUGCUGUUACCUGGAAAGUAUGCUUUGGUGCCAUUAUUGAAAAUUCUAGUUUAGUGACUUACAGGCUGGAGAAAGUACAGCAGGUAAGGAACUUGCCUUGAACAUGUGUUGACUUGGGUUCAGUCCCAGAGCACAAGCUCUUGAGCACUGUCAAGUUUGGCCCAAAGGGGAAAAAAAAACAAAAACAAAAAAAAACCUUUCACCUGAGGAAUCAGUUGUUUGGGGAGAGAAAUGUAAUCAUUUUGUUUUAAUUAAGAGAGCCAUUCUAAAUAGCACUGACCCCUAGCUGGCAAGAGGAUACAGUGUUUUAAAAAUCGUCUAGAUCAUAUAUAAUCAAGAGGUCUUAAAAUUUCCUACAUUAUUUUGAAGCACAUAUUGAAAUUCAUCUUUCUGCAUUAUGAUACUCAAAUACUGAAUUUUGAAAUAUUAAUACAAGAGGGUCAGGGACGUGAUUUAGUCUA